AACGACGCUCGGGUAAAAUGGCAGUCUCUGACAAAAUUUGUAAACAGUGGAUAAAAAUGCCAGUAGACUGACUCAUCCAGAUCUGGAACCUGAAGGUCUGACCGAUAACAUUCAGCAAGAUUUCAGCAAUCAGAAUGUCAGUGACUAUGACAGUAACAGAGACAGGUGUCAGUGCUGUUGAGGGAUCACCACGGCACAGUCACCACAUGGAUGAAACAGAAACUGUAGUAUUCAAUGACUGUAAAACUGGCCUCGGCAUCAAGAUUAUAGGAGGAAGGAGUGAGCAAGAGAGUGGAAGAGAUUAUGGCAUCUUUAUACGACGGGUGAUCCCCGGUGGACUAGCUGAGCAAAGUGGACGUUUGAAGGAAGGAGACCAGAUACUGAGUGUAAACGGCACAAGUUUACUGCGUGUUACCAAUGAUGAAGCUGUACAGCAUCUCCGAAGUGCCUCGGCAACUAAUCAAGUUACGUUGGUUGUCACAAGAAAUAUGUCAGCCGUGCGUCGAUUUUCGUUACUUAUUGAAAGUCAACUUGCUAACACAAGGAAUACUUUCAGCUUGGAUUCACAGUCUAUCUCAUCAGAUCAAGGCUCAGAUGUACACGAGCAAAGUUCCAGACCCUGGUCUUCAUCUCAAAGAGAGCGGACCUCAAGUCAGUCACCAUCACCUAGUCUAGACUCUGCAUCAUCAGUACCGGCUGAGCGAGCUCCAAGCUCAGCUAAUCAAAGGACGCCAGAUGUGCGUGAGAUUAUCUUGAACAAGUUGAGUGGUCUUGGAUUGAGCAUAUCUGGAGGCGUGGAUCGACCAGACGGACCAGGGAUAUACAUCCAAGGCAUCCAACAAGAUGGAGAUUGUGCAAGGGAUGGCCGUUUGAGAGCUGGUGAUCAGCUGAUGUCAGUGAAUGGGGAACCGUUGUCCGGGGUAACAAAUGAGGUUGCCGUGGAGAUACUGACUAGAGCAUCAUGCAGGACUGAUGUGGAUACAUUAUGUGUCAGCUACACUCCAGCCAUGUCAGCCCGCUCUUGCAGACAGCCAAGUAAUCACACCCCUACCUCCUCCUACCCAUCUCCAUCAAGUACCAAUCAACCUCUCUCCCCUCACCGGUACCCAUCUCAUUCCACUUCACCCUCACAACCACCACUACAUACUGGUCACCAGCAUCAACAGGGAUCACCAUUUGCCAAGACUAGUGGCGUAUCACCUCAUGUUGUAGGGGAUGUGGUGUCCUCUCAGGGAAACAUACCCGAGUCAUCUUCAGGAGAGCGGUUAUCCCCCCCUGUGGUGAGGCAGUUAAUGUCGCCACCACGAUAUGAGCAAGCUACAAUCAAUGGUUAUCCUUUAUCAGCGCUCCAUCAUCAAGCACCGUCCAAUAUUGCCAUGCCAUUGUAUCUUCAGAGACAUUUACACAUUCAACCAGCAUCAUCCUCAACUCCGCAAGCCGACAGCACCAGUGGUCACCUUAACAGAUUUCCUGCACCACACAGCAGUCACCUGGAGCCGUCACCAGUCCUGCCUACAAGCAGUGUCACCGUGGCAACGCAUCAUCACAACACCCAAUCCUCAGCAGCAUCUCCUUUAGCUACACCCCCUAUUGGUACCUCUGCCAUCAGUCCCUCUCCAUCUCAGACCAGCUCUCGUAGGAGACGACUUUCUCUUGAUCCACAUGUCAGGUUAAGGAUUGAUAAACUUCAAGUGGCCUUGAAGUAUCUUGGGAUUGAUCCAACUGAUGAGGAGAAGGUGGAACUUAGAAGGAGACUGAAAGUAGACCAGUCAGGCAUGGUGCCAUAUGGAGAGUUUGUUGCCAUUGCCAGACAGAUCUUCAAGAUGCAACUCGAUGACAGUCGGUUUGGGGCAGGGUCAUUGACCUUUGCAGCUCAAGAUGUGACUGAUUUUGCAGAACCACCCCUCUUCCAGGAGCAGCCCCAGCAAGUUCUUCCAAGCUCGGUUCCUGUCAGUGAACUUGACAGAGUCAGGAGGGAGAGAGAUGAAGCUCUACGAGAAAUAGAAAGGCUGAAGGUACAACUUCAAGAAAAGGAUCGAUCCUUCAAUAUAGCUGAGGAAGAGUUACUACGUAUUCGCAAGGAAGCUCAAGGAGCGAUACAUGAAAGCAGAGCUUUGAAGAGUCGUGUCCAUCUGGCUGAGGCAGCGCAACGUGAAGCUCGGAACAUUGAGAUAGAUUAUGAAGAAGUAGUCCACAUGCUAGAAGCUGAGAUUGCAAUAUUGCAAAAGAAGAUAUCCAAGACACCUCCUCCUAACAAGGUCAGUUCAGCAGGUGUUGAGGAACUUGAUAAGAGGAUAGCUGUUAUGAGCUGUGAGCUAAGAAAAGCUGAGAUCAGUAAAAAGACAUAUGAAGUAGCCACAGAGAAGCUAUUGCAGUUUGCUGAGCUUGUCCACGAGUGCGUCAGUCAUGGCCCCAAUGCCAUCAUGGUGAACCAAACAAGGGGGCGUGGGGAGAGUGCCAGACGGGGUGAUACAGGCUUCAUACCCCCAGGGUACCUAGCUAAACACAACAAGCAAGGCCCAUUGAAUCUUGCUACAGAAGCAAAAGAGACGGUCAAAGCAGUCAAAAAACUAUUGGAUGUUGAACCAUUACCAUAUGGCUGGGAAGAGGCCUAUACAGCAGAUGGCAUGAAGUACUAUCUCAAUCAUGUGAACCAGAGAACCACAUGGAUUCAUCCUGUGUCUAGCAUCAACCACCUACCAGCCAUAGAGGAAAAUGGUAGAGACUUACCAGAGACCAAAACAUGAAAUGAGUAGCAAGGAAACCUGGCUUUUUAUUUUCCGAAGUUUAUUUCUUCAGCAGGCUUUACAUUUGUUGUUGUGUGUCACUGAUUUUCUCUAACCCAAGAGCAUUUCUAGACCAUUUUAAAUGGGAGGGGGGUUAACUAUUAUGAAAUUUGCUGACAGAGCAUCGACAAAUAAGUUGAUGCCCACCCUGCAUCCUUUCCCCUUCUCCAUUCUUGCCAACAGCACCAUGAUUUUGCCAACAAAACUGAUAAAUGGAGGGGUGCAAACCCCUCCCCCCAGCAACGGCCACACCUCUCUUCCUCAUUCUUCCCCUGUUAGCAUUGAUUCAUUUAUAAGCAGUAAUUUUGUAUCCAUUUACGUCAGCAUUUAUGUGUCUGUUCAUUAUUUUUUAAAUCUCAAAUUUCUAGCAUGGUGUAGUUUCUACUAGGCUCAAAUGCUUUGCCCAUUGAUCAUUGUAAAGAGAAGGUAUGAAUGUACUUGACAUUUUGUAGCUAUAAAUGAGGCAGAAUUUCUUCAUUAUGUGAAGUAUUGCUUUUGCAAGUCUCUUGUAGAUUUAAGGCAAAAAAGAAACUUCAAAUCAUGUUUCUUAUGAAAAAGGUUGAUAUAUUUUUAAUUUUUAUUUGGGAUGUUGUAUUUUUUCUAGCAAUCACUGUAAUAAAGAGAUUAAAAUAGCCUCCAAAAUAGCAAUAACUGUUUUGUUCCUUUAUUUCUAUUUUAUUAUCUAGAUUAAUUAACAGUUCUUUUCACAACUGUCUUGAAAGAUUUCUUGGACCUUUAAAUUUGUAAAUAAUUACAUGUACUUCAGCAGGGUAUUCAUCUUUUGUUCCAGCUUGUACAUAUUGUUCUUCUUUCAUCAAUUUACACGCAUUUCAUGAGACUCUGUCAUGGCAGGCUAUCUAUAUUACAUAAUUUAUUCCAAAUCCCGUAAUUUCUGAGCAUAAUUUUGUUAAGAUGAAUAUACAGUUUCUUAUAGGUGCAAGUAUGACAAAUGAUUUAAUUAAUGGGGAUAAGACAAUGGUAUAGUUUACAGAGCUAUUCUGUUUUUUGGUAAACUAUGCUGAAUAUUGAUGGUCCUUUGAAUAAUUUGUUUGAAUAUGCAAGGAACGGUCAUUAGUCACUCCUUAUUUGUCUUAUUAACUUGAUAAAUUUUACAUAUAUUCAGGAAUUAUUGUCUUGAAUUUAACUACCAUUUAAUCGUUCAUAUCACAACCAUCUGAAGUUCGUUUUUUAUUGUUGAAUCACUCCCCUUUUUCGACGAAAAUAAGUUAAAUCCAGUAUUCCAGAUCUCUACUCAGUAUUUCAAGUCUGUUUAAUCCUCUUUGUUUGUUUUUACUAUUUCCCUAUAGAUACCUUUUUAAUAAGGUUUACAGGGUGCCCCCAUGUCAGAAGUAGCUUUUUUUCCUCGCAAGAGAUGCAUUUGUAGCGGUAUCAAAGUAAAAAAUUCAGAGAGUGC